UGUAAACAUCCCUCGCAUUCACCUCCGGCUACUUUAGGGGGAAGGGUUGCGUUGCUUUGCAUAGUCGAAGUGGGCGAAUUCUUUCCACUGUGUAUUGCGAAUUAAAAGUAAACCCAGUGAAGGAGUAAGUAAGAUACAACACUGCGAAUAUGAGUGUGAGGUCAUGUGUCGAGGAAAGCUGCUAGUGCCUGGUUUGUUGAUCAGAAAGCAACGCUUGUCCUAAUCUGAGCUCGCAACCGCACCGACCAAAUUAACGCCGAUUCAUAAGUAACGUUAGCUUUUUUUUUUUUGUUGGUCAAUCCUUUGAGGUAUUUUUCCUCCGUAGGUAAUAGUGUAGUAGUCGUUCGAACAGAAAUGGACCGAGGAGGCUGCCAAAUGAGCGGCGGCGGCGGCGGUGACGGGCCCGAGCAACACGGGAUGAUCUCUCUGGAGGACCUGGAGUCUUUCUCCGAAGACCAGCUGUCAGACUCGGGCAACGGCAGCCUUGAAGAAGGAGGGGAAACCAUGGAGGAAGACGAUGACCGACUGCUGCAUUACUGGCAGGACGUAGCGAGGGGACACCAAGUGGAAGUUUCUCAAGAUAUGGCAGAGCCCAUUCAGCAGCUAACCAGCAACAACCAAGGACGCAGUCAAAGAGAACACGUUCCUUUCACUCUCCUCGCACGCAAAGAGAAGUGUGGGGAGCUGCUGUACGAGAAACGCCAAUACGAAAAGGGCCACUGGGCUUGUAUAACAAUGCACGAGGACACUUAUGAACAGAGCAUCUGCUAUGGUUUUAUGAGGAUAAUGAGAUACAUCUGCCAGCAGAACACCAUAGGCAACUACCUGGGCAUGACGCUCCCCAUUGUCACAGUGGUGCGCAUGGAUGAGAACCAUUCUGUUAUCUCCCGUGACGUCACUGUGGCUUAUUUCCUCCCCGCUGAGCACCAGGCCCAGCCCCCACAACCUACUGACAACGAAAUCGUCUUAGAGAUCUGGCCCGCCACUACUGUAUACACAAGGCCCUUUACCGGUCCCACCAAUGAAGUGACCAUCAUGAAUCAGAUCAAUGCCAUGGCCGAGCUGCUCGACUCUCCUGUUGUGUGCGUCAAUGACUCAUUCAUCGUGGCCGGCUACACCAACCCUGCCCACAGCAACCGCCAGAAUGAGAUCUGGUUCCUAGAGCGACCCUGAAGGACGAGGGGAUUAAGCAGCACCUAUAUCUGUGACCCUUGAGCCUCAUAAAGACUCCCUUAACACUGCCGAAGCCUAGCUACAGCCUCAGGUGCAACAUCCUCUUUAGUCACCACCACUACCUGAAACGAGGAGCAGCCCAGCACACUCAAGAUCAGUCGGGGCCUGGGAAAAAAAACAUAAUUCAGCCCUUACUUUACCCUCAGUGAAUUUUUAUUCAUGUUCAUUUAGAUAGAUUCACCUUUAGAAAUGGACUAAUCAACUGCCCAGCUCUCGUGGACACAAACCAGAUGCUAAGGUUAAGCCUAGCAUUCUUCGCUAAAAGAUGAGAUGGCUAAAAAAGCUUUCCUCAGCACAGCUCUCUUGUUAAAAUGUUAAAUAGUUUUAACUCUUAGCUCUCUGUGAACACAGUGACUUGUCAUGCGGGGUGAUGGUCAAUGCCCAACAGAAAGAGGGGAAAAAAGGGUUUCUCUGUCAUGAUUUCAACUAUCGCUGUUGAUCCGCUCUUUCUUUAUUAUUAUACUACAGGUUACAAGUCUAUUUGGUGCCAGUCACACUGCAUAAACAGGUAUUAAGUUUCAACAAAAAGUGCAAUAGUUAUCUGAUAACCAACAAUCAAUAAGCAAGUUAACAACUGGAUAGAUAACAUCCAGACCAGAACUGGUGGCUUCAUACAUAUUUAUGAAUGAAUGUACAGCUACAGGGUGAAAGUAUAAACAAAUGUCACACUUCUACAAACCAAACGCUGAAAAAAAAACUCACAGAUCUUACUGCUAAAUGACAAUCAUAGCUGUACUUAUAAAUUAUAUACAUCCUUUUCUCCUCAGAAAAUGAUGACAAUGCAUUCCUCAUUGUUUCAAGUCUGUUCACACACACAGGAAUAGUUACCUAUGUACCUCUUUCUCACACUCUUUCUACAUGCUACUCUGUGUUGACGUUGUGCGUGUAUCCAAGAACCACCGCUGCCGAUUAGAGAGACAAUGCAACCAGGAGAAGACACAGAGCACAGAGAAUAUUUCUCCAGUGAUUAUACUCUUGUUUUUAUUUUUUAAAUAGAAGGAAAGUAAAUUCUGUUUUUAAUUUUCUAUCACCAAUCUAAGGAGAGUCUAUAAAGUCAGAAGAAUGUAUGUUUAUCUUCACUAUAUUUUAUGCUAAAUAACAUGAAAUGCGUCAAACCAGCUACACCUAGAGUUCACAGCAAUGUAGGAAUGUUUCUACUUUGGAAAUUUACUGCUUGGGUGCCAGUGAAAUAAAACUGGAAGUGAACUAGCCAAAUCAUCACUGUGUGAGGACUUUUAGCAGGACAUGGGCAUCCUAUGAAAUGCUUAGGCGUGAAGUUAUUGAGGCCUAUUGUGUGUGUAAAAUUAAAUGUUACAUUUUGUGCUCAAAUUGAGAGAAAGUGGGUUUUAUCUUAUUUAAGAGGGAAAAAAGUAAAACAAAGAAAUUAACUGUUAAGAAAGUUAGUAUUGGGUUGGGAAGGUUGCCAAGUCAAGCAGGUUGAUAUGAAGACAACAAAUCCAAAGAAUGAAUACUGCAUCAAAUGAUUAUGGAGUUGAUGCUCUAUGACUGCUGUCGUGUUCAAACACUUGCAAAGCCAUGAUAGAUGUGGGCAGGCUUUCCCUUAAAGAGCCUGGCUAUAUAGGAAAAUCAAGAGUGAGGAUUUCAUUUCUUUCUGCUUAUUUUCAUAGUGUUUUGCAAACGUGCUGUACUGUGAAAAUUCAAGUGCAACAUCUUUGUUCAAUAAAAAAUGUGCUUGUCUCCUGUCUUUUGAAAUG